AUGCUCCAACUCGACCAACGAAAAGGACGGAGCCAAGCUAGAUUUGGAGAAGCGGCCUUUAUUGGUGCUAACAUGGAAGAAUUCUCAUUGGGCGGUGUCACCCGGGACACAGGACAACUCCAAGAAGGUAUUACUACUUGUCCCAAUCAUUUUGCGACCGACGACUCUGUGCAGAACACCCAAAAUUCUAGUGAAAGCCCCGGAACAAACAGGGAAAACUACACCAAUCCCUUCAAACGACGAUUUAUCUAUGGACGACAACAGUGCCAUUGCAAAAAAGCCUGUUAA